UGUCACCCAUUUUGCCAUGUUCUCUGACUGAUCUACCUUCUUUCCGCAGCGUGGUACUUUUAUUUUGAAGGAAGUUCAGAAGUGAAGCGUCUCCCGGAAGUUUUUGUUUUCUCACCUGUCAGUUCGGACCAGACACUGUGGAAGUGUCCAUCCUCGCCGCGUUUCUACCAGACAACGGGUCUUUUUUUAACCAAACACAUAUGGAAAAUAUAUGCGGAUUCUUGAUGACAAAUUGAGGAAAGCGUCUAACACGGCAAGUCGAUGUUAAGUUUUGUGCAAACAUGGAGCCUCUGGCAGUGGAUGACGACAUCUGCAUCCUCAAACACGAGACGGCUUACACAGCUGCCGCGGAGAGUCCGGUAUCGGUCUGCGCGGGGGACGAAUCGGUGGCUUCCCACUUUGCCUUGGUCACGGCGUAUGAAGACAUUAAGAAGAGGCUCCGAGAUACGGAGCGGGAGAACGCCUUGCUGAGAAAGAGAGUUAAACAGCUGGAAGACAAGCUUUUCAGGCCUGAGACUCCAUCGGAGGGUCCCCAUUAUGUGAACAAGGCCUUCAGCGCAUACAGAGGAAUUUACAUCGAGAAGGAGGACCUUCAGAUGGAGCUCAAGAAACUAAAAAAAGAGAAGAGUGACAGUGAGAGGUUUUUGACAGAACAGCUGCAAGCCAAAGAGUUGGAGCUGCUUCAGCUGAGGACCGAGAUGGAGACCAGCCAAGGUACAGUGAUGAAGAGCCUGAACAGCCCUCAGGACUUCUGGCAGGUGGAGAUGGUAAACACAGAGAUGCAGAUCCACAAGCUUCAAGAAGAGCUGGAGAGAGUGACUCUGGAGAACAGCCGGCUGCUGGAGAAAAGCACAGAGGAAACCCACGGCAUGAAUGGACCAGACUUGGAACAGACAAGUGAUGCUAAGUUUAAUGCAAGUAAGGAGAAGAGCAUGCAGCAGACGUACAAGGAUUUGUGCAGCGAAGUCACCCAUCUGCAAUCAGAGCUGAGGCGUCAAACGGGCCUCAUAAGGAAGCUGAAGCCUCUGAUCAACGAGGCAAGACAAGCCUCAACUGUUCCCGUCCAGUGUUUGGAUGACGUGGAGAAAAACAACAACCUCCCGGCGCCGCAGCCCCCGAAUGCCCCUGCGCUCCCCUCCAGCGCCGGCCGCCCCAUCCCCCCCGUCAGCGGCCCGCCGGGGGUGCUUUUGCCGGACGGCCUGAGGGAGGACUGCUGGUACGACGGACCCUGGCCCUCUCAGAGCUGCUCCGGUCAGACUCUGCUCCGGAGCGACGGCGGCUCCGUCGUGCUCCCCCCACCCCCGCUGAACCAAGCCUCCCUGGACGACAGCUCGCACUCCUUCCCCAGCCCCCCCAAGCCCAGUGACGCCAUGUUCUGGGAAGGACACUCGGCCGCGUCCAACUCCUCGUCUUUAAUGGGAAACUGCAGCAGCCCCAAGAGCCCUCCCAACACAGAGUGGGUCAAACCCUUUUAAGACGGGAGAACUGACAACGGGGCAGAAAAGAACGGACAAACCCAGGAGGAUUCUCAAGUCUGCCACAUUGCUACCACCUAACCUGCCUUAAGUUGAUGAACGCAUUCAUCAGUAGUGGACACCAGGCUGGACCUACUUGUUGUGGGAACAUAUGGAGGCGAAGAAAGCACUUUUCUUAGGUAAAGACUGACAAAUUAUAACGUUCCAUGUGUGCACAUCAUUUGACUUGAGUAAGCACUCAGAUUAGUGCUUUCAAUCCCAUAUAAGCAUUUGAAAUGUUGUGUGUCUAUAUAUACAUAGCAUAUGGGCAUAUAUAUAUAUAGAGGCACAUAAUCAAGGUGCCUGUGUAUCAGUUUUUGGGAAUCCCUGGCCUUCCUGUCUCUGUAUUUCCUCAUCAUGAACCCGUUAGGUGUCUUCAAAGGGCCUCUUUCUGCAUAUACCAGAGCCACAACCCAAAAGGUAGAUUUUGUAUAUUGGACCUCUUUAAAAAGUGUCUUUACACUGGACCGCUGUAAGUAAACAAGGUAUGUAGCCCUAUGUUUGUGUGCAGAAGUUGUGGUCUGAGGAUUCCAUGUGUUUGCAGAUGUGAGAAUAGAAGGAUAAUUGCUGAUUUUUGUUCAAGAUUUCCAUUUUGUUUUUACUAAGAUUAUGCUUUGGAUUAUGGAUAAAUAUCAAAGUAAAAAGCAAGUUUUAAGCUUAAAUGCUUACUUGAUCACCCAAGAACACAUUUUUUUUUGUGUAUAAAAGAAGUUUUUGAUAAAUUUCCCAAUUCGUGCAAAAACAUCCUCAAACUUGCCUUUUCUUUUUUUUCUUUUCCAGACAUAUCAAACAGAAUAUGUUGCCUUUCUUUCCUACUUUCAGCAUUGUAGAACUUUAAAAUGUUUCCAUAUUUCUAAAUUUUCAAAAAAGAACUCUUCCGCCCCAUGUAUCUUUAAACUUUAAACUAAGAGAUGUGAAAAUGAGGAAAACUUUGCACUGUCCCCGUAUAAAUAAUAGGCACAUUUGAUUUCUAUUUUGAGCGUAUGUAUAAAGCAUUAAAGUGAGAUUCAAAGACGGACAGAAUGUGCAUAUGUGUAUAAAUGUAAAUGAUGGGCUUCAAUACUUCAUUUUUGCACUCCAAACUAUACAUUUAGGUUUUUUUGUUUUCCUUUUCUGACACCAAGAAGAUCUUUCUGUGGACAAGAGUGACGCAGAGAGUGGUGAGCUUUGACUUAGCAAACAGGCGCACAAAAGUCUGAUGUAAAUUUCGUUGAAAUAUGAUUUUAACAUUUCCUUUCUUCGGUUAGUUUCAUAAUUGGGAUUUUAAAGAAAAGUUCAUUUACAGCUCCAGUUUCGUACUUCUGUAUACAUUUUGCAAACCAAAAUGCAAUGUACAGUAGAUAUGGAUUAUAUUUUAGACUCGCUGCACUUCAGACUGUUUGUAAAUAUGAUUAAUAAAUGAGUAAAAUGGU